AUGAUAGAAUUUGUUCUGUUCUUGGGGUUAUGUUUCGCUUUGGGGGGAUUGGCAGUUGCAUCUAACCCUUCUCCUUAUUAUGGGGUGUUAGGGUUAGUUGUGGCUGCUGUUGCAGGGUGCGGUUGAUUGGUUAGUUUGGGGGUUUCUUUUGUGUCCUUGGUGCUUGUUAUAGUUUAUCUGGGGGGGAUGUUGGUGGUGUUUGCUUAUUCGGUGUCGUUAGCAGCGGAUCCUUAUCCGGAGGCUUGGGCUAGUUGGGGGGUUGUUGGUUAUGGUUUUGGUAUGGGUCUGGUUGUUAUAGUGGGGUUUGUCGUGAGUGGUGUGGUAGGGCUGUUGGUGGAUGAGGGUACGGUGAAUAAUGGUGGUUUGUUGUCGGUUCGGUCGGAUUUUAGCGGGGCGGCCUUACUUUAUUCGGACGGGGUUGGGUUACUGUUGAUUGGNGGGUGGGGGUUGUUGUUGACUUUGUUUGUGGUGUUAGAGCUUGUGCGGGGUUUAUCUCGGGGGGCUAUUCGGGCUGUUUAG